AUGUCGCUUUUUGCGGCGAGCUUCGAUACGCUGAAGAAGCGGACCACGCAGUUACUGGAUAAUCUGGACAAGCAAAAGGAUGACAAGAGUGCGCCGGAGACACAGGACUCUGGCAUCGACAUUCCGUAUCCCCAGGUGGCUGCAGCAAUGGGCUGUCGUGAGGACAGCAUCCUCGUGAGCUACGAGGUUCAGAACGACGCCAAGGACCGCGAAAUGGCCCUGUACGUCAUGCCCCUUGGAGGUGCAAUCAGUGUCACGGUCGCGAUGGUGCGGGCUUCGUUUCCAUUGCCUGGCAAUUACCAUCUUCGAUUCAAGGCGCCAACGGCAGACGGAUCCUUCGGCGGAUGGGUGUGGAUAGACCUAGCCUCCGACCAAGACCUCGUGCCGGUGUUCAACGGCGGCGUCGCCGUGAAGGCCUUGCGAUUGCCGGAUGGCAGCCCUGGCAGCCCAAGUCGCGCUCCAUCCCAGGCUUCCAGGAGUCGACCUGCCACCUCCGCCCAGGGAGCCUCUCCACACGGCGUUGGGGACCUGAUGGAGCUGGACCUCUCGAAAGCUUCGCACAAGGAUGCCCAGGCCCAGGCCAAGGCGCCCGUGCCCCAACCACCGGUGCAGCUGGACAGGGCAAAGCUGGUCGCCGAACGGCAGGCCAGAGAAAAGCGCGAGUACGAGGAGAAGAUCAAGAGGCAUGAAGAGCAGAAGAAAAGAGAUGCACAGUCCAAGAAGGAGAAGCUCGAGCUCAACGAUGUCCUGUCUAAGGAGUUGAACGACUGGGCGAAGACGCCCGACGGCCAGUCCUACAAGGAGAUCAGGACGCUGCUGAGCACCAUGCACUCCGUGACUUGGGAGGGUGCAAGUUGGCAGCCCCUGAGCUUGUCGGAGUUAGUGGCAGACAGCAACAUCAAGAAGCAUUACCGCAAAGCUAUCCUCAUGGCUCAUCCAGAUCGCCAUCAGUCCGUCAACUCCCCAGACUGCGAGAACUCCCGUUCGAAUCUUGCGACCAUGUCAUGCGCCGGGGUGCUGCAUGCAUUUGCUUUCGGAGCAGCAGGUCCGAGCAGAUCGCAUCUUCAAUGCUUUGAACGAGUCCUUCAAGUCCUUUACAAGCUCCUGACAUGCUUGCAAAAAGGUUACCUGCACCUGCUGCCUUGCUUUUGUGCGUGUGAUGACAGCUUGCCGGACCUUUCAAAGUCUUGUGUCGGCACAUUGCUGUGCUCAAGCGGUAGCGCGCCAUCAGUAUCGUCCGGGCAGCUGCAAGGAGCCGAAAGCAAGACGCAUCAUGGACAUCGACCUGCUCAAUCCCGAUGUCAAGGAGGAGAGGUCAAAGCACAAGCUGAAGCGAAUGAUCCAGUCUCCGAACAGCUUCUUCAUGGACGUGAAGUGCCCUGGGUGCUUGCAGAUUACUACUGUCUUCAGCCACGCUCAGACCGUCGUGUUGUGCGGCAAUUGCAACGUGAUGCUUUGCCAGCCCACGGGUGGUCUUGCCCGGCUUACGGAGACUUGGCAGGGUGCUGGCUUUGUCGAAUUCAUGUCGCGCUGGUUGUCCGGCGGUGUUGCUGCAGCAAGUGUUACGUCGAUCUUCAGCGACACCUGAGGAGGGCUGCUCGUUCCGAAAGAAGACCGACUGAUGAGAUUUCUCACCGUUUAGAUGGUCAAGCUGAUGGGACAAACGAUGGUGCCAGACAAACAGACAGGCAGCAGGGACUGGGUCGUCUUGACCUCCUUCUUUUGAAACCUGAGUGA